GUACAACCAUGGGAAUGUUAGGAUUACCGUUGACAUUAUUCAAAGAAACUUUUGGUGUUAAUCCGAAAGGAUUUCAUUUUCCUCAAACGGACAAACAUUUAUUUGAUACACCAGGGAUCAUAAAUAAGAAUCAAUUGGUUAAUCUUUUGACUGAGGAAGAAUUGAAAAUUACCAUUCCUCAAAAAUAUAUUAAACCGUUAACGUUCGCUUUGACACCAGGAAAAGCAGUAUUUUUGGAAGGUCUUGGGCGGAUAGAUUAUGUUGAUGGGCAAAAACCGAUUCGUAUUACCGUAUUUAGUAGAUUAAAACCUCAUCUCACAUCUAUAAAACGAGCAGACGAAAUAUGUCAAUCUAUGGCCGUAGGUGAUCAAACAUUUUUACAACCACCAAUAUUUUCAUCAAAGAGAAAGGAAUUAUUCCCAGCAAUGAUUAAAUGCAUAAAAAAAUAUGCGAUGAAAGGUACACCAGGAACAAUGAGUGUUAAAGAUGUGGUAUUUUCGGGAGUUGGAUGGAUUUCAUUUGGUGGCAUGUUUGAUAAGGCUGUUAUUGACAUUUGGUCGCCCAAUGGAAUGGGAAUUUAUAUUAGGGAUAAACCUUUAUUACCUUUUGAAUUCAGAG